ACAGUUUCUAUCAAGCGAUUUCGUCGUAAUGCUAUUUCAUUAUGAUGGUAAUGUAAAUGACUGGAGGGAUUUGGAAUGGAGUGGUCGGGCCAUACGUACAUGUAUCUGCCAUGAAUCAAACCAAGUGGUGGUAUGCAAAGCGAUUCUUACACCCAGAUAUUGUUUCUGAGUAUGCAUUCAUCUUCCUUUGGGAUGAAGACCUUGGAAUCGAAAAAUUUAAUGUUGUAAGAUAUCUAUCAAUUAUUAGAAAAGAGGGGCUUGAAAUUUCACAACCAGGACCUUGUAAGCAAUGGAGGCGAAAGCAAAUCAAGAACAUUACCGAUAAGAUGAGUGAUCAUUUCAAAAACAAGAUAGGAAGAGCAUAUAUGAGAUUCGAGGAUGGGCAACUUUUAGACCUCUCAUUUUAUUUUGAAGGCCUCUUUUGUUAUGGCUUGAAGAAUAGUUUAUCAACAUUGGAUUAA